GACAAAUUAAACCUCCCCUCUCCUUCCUUCCUCCUUCCAUCUUUCUGUUUCAGGAUACUCUUCUUCUCCCUUCCUUUCGUGCUCUAUUUCCGAUAAUGGCUUCCUGAUUCGCAAUGUGGAAGUGCUCUUCUCUUUCUCCACUCUUCCAAGUUGUCUGAUUCGCAAGGAAAACCUCUGGUAUUGCCUCUCACUACUUGGGUUGCAACACUGGCCUUUUGCUAGGAUGGUAUGCUCCUUUUUCGGACUGUGAAUAUUCAACAAAGAUCAGCUGGGAAAUUUUAUUUGGGAACGAGUUCCUCACAAUCUCUGUGAGCUUUUUGGACGAAUGCUCUUGUUAGCACUCUUAUCUCUCUGAAUCGCAGAGUGGGUUCUUGUGGUUGGUGCUCCCUCUGGGAAGAAAAAUAUGACAGCAAAAUCAGUGAAAGGGUCCUCGAAGUUCAUGAUUCCUGAGACCGGAACCAACAAGUUUGAUGUAAACCAUUUGGUCGCAUCUGCUCUCUCAUCUAAGGAGGAUGCACUUAAUCGUGUACUAUGUGAAGGUCAAAUGCUUGAUACAGCAACAUCAACAAGAGAAGGAAACUGUUCCGUGUGUAUUUUUGAUGAGUUUAGGGCUUCGGCAGAUUCUUCACAUUAUGUCCCUGGAAACGCUGGAGCUUUCCUCAAUAUGAGCGGAAAAGAAACCAGCAUGGUAAUAGAACCAAACGGUUUGAUGGAGGAAGGUUGGAGUGACAUAUCUGUUGGACCAUUGUCUGAAAGCAAUCAGCACCAUGCCGUGAAAGUUAAAUCUUACAGGAAGUUCUGCAAGUCAAAUAGUAGUCACCGGGACCCUGGAGACUCCUAUAAAUGGCAUUCCUUUACGGAGAGAGGGCAGGAAAAUCACGGUCUUAUCAGGUUGAGGAAUCAGUGGACUGUUAAGGAAGCACAAAGGCGUCACCACAAAGAUGUGGUCAUUAGAGAUCCUGAAUUUUCAGAAGCAUUUCCUUCCAGAGGGCCUGCUGAAUCUCAUUGUUGGGUUCCUGUGCAUAAAACGAAUCCGAGCUCUUCAGCCUACUUAUCAUCAUGUGCUCGAGUUGGUCUCUGGAAAGCGACUAAUUCUGCAAAAUAUUGUGUGCAUUUGCGUCGCCCAGUUGAGAACUCUUCUGCUGCAAGCACAGCUAGCCAUAACCAACCUGAUGUGGUUCCUCAUGGCUCCCAUUACUCAAAUACAGACUCAGCUACAUCCACAAAUGUACAAAAGGCUGGACCAAGGUUGACGAAUCCUAGAGCCCAUUCUGCAACAUAUAAGCCAUUUGAUACUUCCCUGUGCAGUAAACCAGUCUUGGGACUUAAUCAUGGCGGACAUGCACUGAGAGACUGUGGUUCUUGUCAAGCAACAGCUAUCAAGUGGGUCCCUGUUGCUGCCAAAACAUCCAAGAUUCUGCAGAAAGUUCAUCCUGGUAUAACAUUUACUUCUCACAUAAAGAAGAAAUUUUCUAGCAAUGGGACUGCUAAGCAGGAUUAUGCCGAAGAGGCGUUCUGUCCACAGGCCACUUUAAUUGACUGCGAAAUCUCAUAUGUGAUUCCUUCUAAGAAGGAACCUUGUGAAGAAAGUAGACCUCCAAACUCUGAGGAAAUUCCAGUUGAAAAACAGAAUAGUUCUAAGAAAGAUGAAGCAAGUUUUGAUCAAUAUGUUGAAAAACUGAAAGAAACUGAUGAAUUUGUUGGAUCACGAGCAGUGAUGGAAGCUCUAACUGCAGCUUAUAAACUGCAACUAUUGUCUGGCAUCAUCCAGUUCACUAUUGGAUAUCCACUUGCGGACUUUGAAACGUUUCUCAAUGCUUCAUGUCCAGCUAUCACUGCAUCUUUCGUGUGUGAGAAAUUUGCUGUGUGCUCAAGUAAUCACCAAUCAAGUCGAUGUGUUUGUGAACAUCAGAUACAAGAUGUAUCACUUUCUGCUCUUUGGGACUGGUAUGAAAAUCCUGGAAGUUAUGGGUUGAAAGUCAGGAUAGAAGCUCGUCAAGAUCUAAAUGGUUUCAUGGAUGAGAAAACACCAUUUGAUGCACAUUUUGUUCCUUCGUUAUCGGCUGUUCAAUUGUUUGGGUACCCUGUACACUCAAAUUCCGAAGGUAACAAUGAAGGAGCUGUCAGUUUUGAGAUGAAAGACAAGGGAGAUGUCGAAUGGCAUUCUUCUUCCCCUAGAAGCACACUUCUGAUGGAUUCACUGGACAGAUGUGGAAUGGGUCAUUUGUCAUUGGAUAAUGAAAACCUAAGUUCGGUUUCUUCACCAUCCUGCUCAAGCAAUUCAGAACUCCUGUUCGAAUUUUUUGAAUCAGAACAACCAUAUAAUCGAAAACCUCUUCACCUAAAAAUAUUGGAGCUUUCAGAUUCUGGAACUCCUAAUCUUCAAGUAUAUGGUGAUCCGAAGAAGCUAGUAUCAUUGACACUGAAUGAAAUACACCCUGCCUCGUGGUUCUCAGUUGCAUGGUAUCCUAUAUGCCGAAUUCCAGAGGGGAAAUUGCGUGCAUCAUUUUUGACAUACCAUUCCUUUGGCCAUUCAGUCAAGAAAAAAGACAUUACGGCUGAUCUCUCUCCCAAUAAAUCGACUCCCCUAACUAGCUUCCCAGCAAUAGGGUUACAAAGCUAUAACACACAGGGAGAAUGCUGGUUUGAUAUCAGAAGGCAAAAGGAAUCCUCUACUGGAAAGCAAUCACUUGGUGAUUCUGAAAUUCUCAACAGAAGACUCCAAACUCUGCAAUUGAAUGCGUCACUUCUUGCCAGAGGCUCUGUCAGUAAAGAUAAUAUCAAGGUGGACAAUGUUCAGCCAGAUUAUGAGUUCUUCGUUUCCAGGAAGCGCUGAAGAAUGGAUGAAAAUUGGAGGCAGAUUUAGGUCGACCUUUCACCAUAAAGAUAAACAAAGUCAGUAAGUCUCACAUAGUUUCUAGAUGUGCAGUUAGUUCCCCUACUGGCCAAUGAGUUCCAUCCAUGUGGUUUUUGUGCAGACGUAUGUGACACAGUACAGUGUUUUAGACAGAAUCCUCUCCUCUCUCAAUUGUGUAGUCUAAUUCUGGUGUAUAUAGCUUAUUGUUGAACCACCAUACUAUAUGUCAUUGAUCUAAAUGUUGUGCCCUUGCACUGUUCAACGUGGAAUGUUCAUUCAUAGUGACUUUAGACUUACCUGUCCAUUUGAUUUGAUCCGAGAAUCCUAUUAUCAACCAAAGCCAAUCAUAGAAGUAUAUAUAUCUAAGGGUACGCUUGAAAAAAUGACUAAGCUAGAGCAACUAAUCUAGGGACAUAAACAUAAGAGAUUGCGAUGAUACGUUUGAGAGAUGCAUCUUCUUCCUUUCUUGUACAAUCCACCCGACCCGUCCAUCUGGAAUCUAUAGUCAAGAAUCCAUUCCUCUUGUUUCGCUUGACCAACAGUUGAAUUUGGAUACAAAUACAAUCCAUCUCUCCAUGAACUGAGUGGCAGAAUACACCUCCACAAUUCACUAGUCUAAGUGUCUAACCGGCUCUAGGUACCUGUGGACGAAGUGCUACUCUUCGUACGAGAUGAAGCAGCAGAAGCAUUGCUCUGUGUCUGCGAGCUCUGUGUGGUGGUUGACAAUUCAUCCCUGAAGAAAACAACAUUCUCUGGGUUAUCCUCAAACACCCUGAGAGAUCUAGGGAAAGGCGGCAGGUCAACGGUCAACAUCCCCUCUAGAACCUGAACCACCUGACCCAUAGAAGGCCUCUGGUGUUCUUCAUCUUGAAUACACCAGAAGGCAAGAUUGCACACUCUCCGAACCUCUUCCAAUUCAGCAUUCCCCUCCAACCUGGGAUCCACCAAUGUCAGAACAUCGCCACCAGAAUCAAUAACCCUCGCAGCCCAGCUGGGGAAGAAUCUCAACUUCCCAUCUCCCAGUUGCUCAGUGUUUCUCCUCCCAGAAAUAAACUCGAACAGCAUCAUUCCGUAACUGUAAACAUCAGCUUUAGCAGUUACAGCCACUCCCGAGAUCCACUCCGGCGCGAGAUACCCUCUAGUGCCUCUCAUGGUCGUCAGGACCCUGCUGAAAUCCCGACCCACCAGCUUGGCCAGCCCAAAGUCUGCAACUUUGGGGCAGAAUGCGGAAUCCAGAAGGAUGUUUUCUGGCUUGAUGUCACAAUGGAUUAUACAAUCCCUGCAUUUCUCAUGAAGAUAAAACAGCCCUCUUGCUGUUCCCAGAGCUAUGUUGUACCUUGUUUCCCAGUCAAGAGCUUUAGAGCCUUCUGAGAAGAAGAGGUGGUGAUCGAGAGAAGAAUUCGGCAUGAAAUCGUAGACCAAGAGCUUUUUAUCAGCGCCUUCUGAACAGAACCCGCGAAGGCGGACGAGGUUAACGUGCUGGAUUGUCCCAAUGGUGCUGACUUCAGUUCUGAAUUGCUUCUCACCUUGGUUAAUUGAUUCCAGCUUCUUCACGGCUAUGGCGGUCGAAUCGGGUAACAUCCCUUUGAAAACUGAACCAAACCCUCCUCCUCCGAGCUUCUCCGAGAAAUUCUUGGUCGCGCUCUGUAAAUCUCUGUAGGUAAAAGCCAUUAGCGAGCCUUCCAUCGCUUUCCCUGGCUUCACCAUUCUCCUUCUCCUCCUCCUCCUAAGCACUAUGAACACAACCAAACCAACAAAUCCCAGAAACACAAUCGAGCCCACAACGGCACCAAUCACGAUUCCGUUUUUAUUCUUGGAGCUCGAAAACUCGGAUCGUGCAAGCCUGACGAAGAUGGUUUUCCCACUCGCGGUAGCGUCCGAUUGCAGAUUUAAGAGAUCCCCGUACCAAACAGAGCACUGAUUACCAUCGUAGGAAUAAGCAGAGCAAGAACAGUUGCCCAAACAAGCCGCUUCACAAUCUUGCGAACUCGCCACCGAUCCCACCACCGUCUGCGGGUUAUCCGGCUGCCCCACGUUGUAAUUCGGCCAAAACCCAUCUCGAUUCCGGUUCGAAUCGGUUGAAUUGCUGCCGUUCUCGCACUGCAUGCUCGCCCUCCUGGCGCACCCUCCGUAAAAAACCCCGGAUUUAUAAUCCGCCUCCGAUUUGGGGACGAAGCCGUUCAAACAACGGCAGAACGGCUGCCCCUGCGCCGUACAGCUCCCGAACGCGCCGCAGUAGCCGUAGACUUCGCACUGAGUUCUGGGCUGCGACCAGAACAGAUUCCAUUGCUUUGUCGAGUCAAGCCACGAGAGCUGCUGAAUCUGGCCGCCGACGUCCAUCACGAAUCGGGAAAUUAGGGAUUGAUUGUACAUCGAGUAAGUGAAGUAGCUCUCGUUCACGUUAUCAAUAUACGAGAAAUUGUAGAUGAAAUUGAGCCUCAUCUCCGGUACCAAGCUGAAAAUCCGGCCGUCCCACACCCCGCUGGUCCAGUAAUUCUUGGUCAAAUUCCAGAGGAUGAAGUACUGACUGGUUCCAUUCGGGUCGAGUUCUAAGGAAAACGGGCCGGGCGAUGGAUCCUCGUUGUUCCUCCAGGAAGUCAGAAGCGUGGUCUGCCUCGUGACCUUGUUGAGCCCAAUUUUGCCUCCCGGAAGCCACGUGUCCGCCGGAUUGUCGAAGCUCUGCCACCGCGGCUUGGUUAAACUUGAACUCGAACCAGACCCGGCCGGGAGUAAAACGAGGUUUCCCUGGUCGAGGAGUACGGCGUCGACGGGAGCGGCGGAGGAGUUCAGCCCCGUUGACCAAAUGGGAACCUUGGAUUCGUUGAAGAGGACCAAGUUCCCUCCGGAGAUUCGGAGCUCCGACGAGAACCUGUCGGAAACAGGGGUUGCUCUGUUUGCUACCCAGACUAUGGUUUGUUGGGAGACCAGCUUGUAGUUGUACCAGAUUCCGAUGUAGUAGUUGGUGGAGUUGACCGUCGGGCGGAAGAAUCCGAGCACGAAGACGUCUCCAGCGGAGUUGAUGGUUUGGUCGCCGGAGAGAGACCGGUUGGCGGUGAUUCUGUCGGCUCCACUGGAUAGAUGGGCCAGUAAGGAGAAGGAAAAGAAGAAGAAGAAGAAGAAGAAGGAGAGUGGCGCCAUGGCUUAUUUGCUUUCAGGUGGAUAAAGGUCGGAGCUUUUUGGGUUUCUCCGGUGAACCCACGAGUUUCAAAAGAGUAGAGAUAAAUGGGUUGUGAAGAAGUGGGAAGAGAACAGAGGUCCCAUUGUUGGAUGGAAAAUUGAACAGAGAGGAG